GCUGCUGCACAGUAUUCUGUCAGUUAUGUAGGUAUAAGUAACAAUUUUAACAUCUGCAUCAAACUCUAUUGUAUUUUUUGGAUGGGUUUGAAGCUUUAAAAUAACGUCAGCUUCCCGUAAACAUGAGGAUAUUUACCUCUGGUAUUUACGUAAUUGUAGCUUCCGCUUCGUGACGCUGACCAUGUUUUAGCCCUGUUUAGCAUUUCAAAUUUCGUAAUGAAAAUACAUUAGCUACAAUGAUAUGUUAUGUUUAUUUCAUAUCUUGCUCGAUCAUACGACAGCAAGAAUUUAAUGUUGGCAGGUUAUUCGUUUUGUUAUCACUAAAUAUAUUGAUAUCAGUCGAUUCACUGUAUAAAGGAUUUGAUUUUCCUACUUGUGAAAUUGAACAUUCGCGGGAGGCCUUCAGACUGAAUUUAGCAGAUUAAUCGCUAGUUGUCAUAUCGCUAUAAGUCGAUAUUGCCUGUUGCCUGACAAGUUUCAUGUUAUGGGGGAUGAAUGCGGUGGAGACUGCGGCGGGGACUGUGGUGACUGCGGGGACUGUGGGGAUUGUGGAGAGUGUGGGGACUGCGGAGAUUGUGGGGAAUGCAUUAACAAUUGCAGUAAUUGCAACUGUUUAAAUGACUGUAACUGUGAUUGCAAAGAUUGCACCUGCGGGGACUGCGAAUUUCAUGGAUGCGACUGUUUGAAGUCCUGUGACUGUUUGAAGUCCUGCGACUGUUGUGGGCUGCAAUGUAACGCAAGUGACUGCAAUUGCUUUAAAUGGUGCGACUGCGAUUGUUUUAAAUCAUGUGACUGCUUCAAUUCAUGCGACUGCUGUGGAUUGGAAUGUUGUAGCUGUCUCAAAUCAUGUGACCCUAUUGGUUUUUUUGGUUGCCGUGACGAAGAUGGAGUACCCAACUGCUGUGCUGGAUUUUAUGUUCAUCCUCACGAUCGAAGUCCCUUUCAUCACUUCUUCUGUUGUUUUUGCGAAUGUUUAGAGGAUAUACAGUUUGCAAGUGCCGCAACAACAACUUCAGGAAGGAGUACAUCAACUCCAGCGCAACAAGUCAUGUAUCGUGGUGAAUUAGCGAUGUUAAACUCGUCCCCAAAAGAGCUUGACAAAAAGGCAGAUCCAAAUGUAUCGAAAGAAAAUGUGGCGAAUGUAGACUCAAAUGUAAUUGAUGGUAAUCCGGAUGUAAUAAAUGUAGAUCCAGAUGAAGUGACUGUAGACCCAGAUCCCCCUCCAACACAAAGAACUGUGUAGCGAGACUGGAGUCUGGAGGACAGUGGCCCAGAUGCGACAGCCCAAUUUUUUGUAUUUUUUUAUCUUUACGGUGGCGUACGAGACACGUAGUUUCAGGGAGGGUGGCACAUAUUCAUAUAGUCACGUUAACAGACCUAUAGACAAUCGAUUUAAAAAGAAAUUAAUCUUGCACACCAUGAAAUAAAUAGCGACUAUAUAUAGCGUUAUUUUGUUUAAUAAAUCACCAUCCGUGUUUUUGUACUUUACAUCGACAACAUCGAUUUCCUGUAGACAAAUUUUAUAAAUGAGCAUGUUAACACAUAAAAAAUCACGGAAUAAGUCGAUAGAACAAAUUUGUACUGCAUACUUUUAGCCUGGUUUGUACAAUCUGUGAUUAUGAUUUGCUUUUGACCAUUAAAAGUAUGUAACUGACAAAGAUUGUACCUGAUUAUUUGUGAUACCAACACUCUGGAGCCACGCCCGCAUUUCUCGGUGGUUGCAACUGACAAUUAGAAAUUUUUGCGAGAUUUGGCAAGUGUAUACUUCAAUGUUUCGUGCCCAGAUCGAAAAUACUCUACAUGUCUGUAAUCUUCCAAGCAAGUUUCCCCCCAAUUAUCGUCUCCCAGUGCCACGUUCACACUAUCCUACUUGUUGAUGAUAUCGGAUAGCCAACAUAAUUGAC